AUGGAGCCCCCGGCGCCCUUCCUCGACUCGGGCGGGGGCGAGCUCGCCGCGCCCCCCAGCCUGGCUCCCGUGGCCCCGGUGGCUCCGGUGGCUCCGGCGGGGGCGGCCUCCGGGGGUCCCCUGCGCGCUCCCCCCGCCCUGGCCGCCCUGCGCCCGGCUUCCCGCCACGGCAGCCAGCCCAACGUCAGCGGCGAGCCCGGCUGGGCGGCUCCGGGCCACUCGCCCAGCUCCAGCGGUGGAGGCGGCGGAGGUGGAGGCGGCGGCGGCGCGGCCAAGCACCGGCAGGCGAGCCCGCUGGCGCACCGGCGGGACAGCAACCCCUUCACCGAGAUCGCCAUGAGCUCGUGCAAGUACAGCGGCGGCGUCAUGAAGCCGCUCAGCCGGCUCAGCGCCUCCCGUCGGAACCUGCUCGACGCCAACCCGCCUCCACCGCCGGCGCCGGGCCCCGACGAGGCGCAGCCGCUGCAACUGCUGGCGGCCGGCGCGCCUCCGCCGCCGGAGAUCGUCAUCUCCCGGGAGGACAACCACUCGCCGGCGGGGCUCCUGCACGCCAACGCGGGCGAGGGUCCGGCUCGCAAGGCGCCCCCCGCCUCGGCCGCCUCGCCCUCCGCCGCCCCCGGGCCGCCCCCCGCCAAGGCGCCCAAGCGCAAGAACCAGAACAUCGGCUACCGCCUGGGCCACCGGCGCGCCCUCUUCGAGAAGCGCAAGCGGCUGAGCGACUACGCGCUCAUCUUCGGCAUGUUCGGCAUCGUGGUGAUGGUCAUCGAGACGGAGCUCUCCUGGGGCUUGUACUCCAAGGGGUCCAUGUUCUCCCUGGCCUUGAAGUGUCUCAUUAGCUUCUCCACCGCAAUUUUACUGGGGCUGAUUAUUGCGUAUCACACCCGGGAAAUCCAGCUCUUUGUGAUCGACAACGGGGCCGACGACUGGCGGAUCGCCAUGACGUACGAGCGCAUCUUGUACAUCAGCCUGGAGAUGCUGGUUUGUGCCGUGCACCCCAUCCCGGGCGAGUACAAGUUCUUUUGGACCGCCCGGCUGGCUUUCUCGUACACGCCUUCCCGGGCGGAAGCCGACGUGGACAUCAUCCUGUCCAUCCCCAUGUUCCUGCGCCUCUACCUGAUCGCCCGGGUGAUGCUCCUGCACAGCAAGCUCUUCACGGACGCCUCGUCCCGCAGCAUCGGGGCGCUCAACAAGAUCAACUUCAACACCCGCUUCGUGAUGAAGACCCUCAUGACCAUCUGCCCCGGCACCGUCCUCCUGGUCUUCAGCAUCUCCCUCUGGAUCAUCGCCGCCUGGACCGUGCGGGUCUGCGAGAGGUACCACGACCAGCAAGAUGUGACCAGCAACUUCCUGGGCGCCAUGUGGUUGAUUUCCAUCACCUUCCUGUCCAUCGGCUACGGCGAUAUGGUGCCCCACACCUACUGUGGGAAAGGGGUCUGCCUGCUCACGGGGAUCAUGGGAGCUGGUUGCACUGCCCUGGUGGUGGCUGUGGUGGCCCGGAAGCUGGAACUCACCAAGGCUGAGAAACACGUUCACAACUUCAUGAUGGACACACAACUCACCAAGCGGAUCAAGAACGCCGCGGCCAACGUCCUUCGGGAAACGUGGCUGAUUUACAAAAACACCAAGCUAUUGAAGAAGAUCGAUCACGGCAAAAUCCGGAAGCACCAGAGGAAAUUCCUCCAAGCCAUCCACCAGUUGAGGAACGUGAAGAUGGAACAACGGAAACUGAGCGAUCAAGCCAACACGCUGGUCGACCUUUCCAAGAUGCAAAACGUCAUGUAUGACCUCAUCACGGAGCUGAAUGACCGCAGUGAAGACCUGGAGAAGCAGCUGGGGGGCCUGGAGUCCAAGCUGGAGCAGCUGGCCACCCACUUCAGCGCUCUCCCACUGCUGAUCACGGACGCCUUGCGCCAGCAGCAGCAGCAGUUCCUGGCCGCCCUGGUGGAGAGCCGGGGGGUGGGCGUGGGGGUGGUGGGGGGCGCCCCCCAGACGCCCCUCUCCGACAGCCCCCUGGGGGUCAGCUCCACCUCCUUCCCCACCCCCUACACGAGCUCCAGCAGCUGUUGA